AUGUCAACAGACGCAUUGAUGGCAACCACCACCACUCAACAACACAAUACGAAGCCUGUUUCGCUUUCACCACCAGCGUCGUUGCCAAGUUCACCACGUAGCGUUAUCGAAGGUCCACCAUCUGCAUCCACUUCCCAUUUUGUACAAGCUCUACACGAUUAUCAACCAUCUUGUGCACCAACUGAUGAAAGCGUGUCAUGCCUAUUUUUCCGUAAAGGAGCUAUUAUCGAGGUGUUUAAUCGCGAUAGUUCAGGGUGGUGGGAUGGCGUCUCGAAUGGAGUGCGUGGAUGGUUUCCAAGCAACUACGUGGGACGAAUCGGAGAAGCAAGCAUGGAUUAUUGCUCCGGGGAAGCUACCAUCAAUGAUGAUGAUAACGGUGUUAUGGUAGAAAGAGAGAACAAUGAGAACACAGCCUCAUCUCUGGGAAUCGAUGGUGGUGAUGAAUCUUUAUCAGCUGCUUCUUCCUCGACAUCAUCGCUAUCUUUAUCAAGCAAGAUCCAAAACCAGCAACGGCGAUCAUCAUUGUCAUCAUCUUCUUCAACAACACAACCUCCCACCAACACCUCUACCACCACCACCACCAAACCCACUGCUUCCAAGAAGCCAUCGAGUCGUGUAGAGCUUGCACGUGCAUUAUUGAGCGAGGAUCGUCACAAAGAAAAGCAACAAGGACAAGAACAGCAUCAGGAUGCUACAACAACGACCACAAGCAAAAGCGAUUGGGGUGCACUACGAGAUGAAAUGGAACGACGUAUUGCCGAAUUGAUAGAUGCUUGUCAACAAAAGCCACCAGGCAAUGUACAAAUGGCGACCUUUCACGUGGUAUCAUCGAUUCGAGCCAUGUUAACAGCUGCUUGUGCAGUGAGCAAUGAUGCACCAUUACUUAAAUCAUAUCCAGAAUUGGGUCGACAACGUAAAAUGAUUCUCAGCACAUUGAGCCGGUUGGUGCUCAAAGGAAAGGAACUGCAGGCGGCUCCUGAGCUCUCAUCACUUGCACAGCAACUUCUCAAGGAAAUGGAUGCAUUUGAGCAGCAGCUAAAAAAGACACCUGAUUCACCCAUCCAUUCGAUAUCCAACAACAAUAAUAGCGAUAGCGAUGCUAGCAGCAAUAGCAGUGGUCGAUUAUCAAGCAUGUCAUUGAUUGCACGUGCGGUGCCACUGGAUGAUGCACGCCAUAUUCUACAAACAUUGCAAGACCACCAGACAACGAUUAUGCGGUUGAUGGGUGAUUUAAGGUCGACCAUUGAUCGAUUUGUGAAACAUGAAGAACGUGCCACUGAUAUGCUCGAGACGACACGCAAGGCUGUGGAAGCCGUACGCACAUUUUUGGCUGUGAUUGAGCAUGUAUGUUCCAACGUGGGCGAUGUUGACUAUGGCCAUCAUUCGGUGAUCCCACAAGACCCACAAUUAGUUGCAUUGGUGCUUGCCAAAGAAUCCGUCUAUAGUGCCAUCACCAGCUUGGUUACAUGCGUUCGUGCACUUGCUGCCGGCAAGCCAACGCAUGAUGAUAUGCGUGAUUUGUACAAGAGCUGCGACAUUGUUACCAACACCGUGAACGAUAGCGCUGAUCGCGUGCGAUCGUGCUUUAUGGAAAAUAGCAAUGUACUUGGUGCCAACCAACAAGACGUGGAUGUGGGUGCCAUGCGUGAAAAAUUGGAAAGCUCACUCGAAUCACGGCGAAAUCAAACACUCAGCAUUCUUGGUCGCAAGGCAACCAGUCUUAAUGUGCUGCAAGAUCAAUACGCCCAACAACAACAAAACAUUGUCGACUCGCUUGAAGUGGCAGAGAACAAUCAUCGAAAUAGCACCAACACCACUACCAGUAGCAUUCGAUCAAGCAUUAGCAGCGUUAAUACCACAAGUACUGCUGAAGGAGGAGGUCAACAACAAAUGGUGCGAAGAGCACGUGCAUUAUCUCGAGCAAGCCGUUCCACAUUACGAUUAGCUACUAUCACAAGUGAAGAUCAAAAUGCACCACCACCUGUGCCACCCAAGAACGAGAUCAAGCCUACAAGUAGUAAAUCAACUCCCAUGGCACCAGGUCGUUCUCAUCGUCCACGUGGUUUAAGUUUAUCAUCUCUACGCAUGUCAGCAUCGGUUACCAAGCAACGAAGUGACUCGUUGUCAUCAUCCACUGAAACCUUAGCUGAGCCAUCACCUCAAAUUCGAAGAACAUCAUCAUGGAUGACUAUCAAUGGUGUUGGUGAAAGGCGUGACAGCUUACCGGCAUUCAAGGCGGAGCAUGAGCCAUGGUUUUUGCGACAACGUGAGUUUUCCGAAGAUGAGAUCAUGUACAACAACGAGGGACAAGUAACGGGUGCCACGGUGGAAGCAUUGGUUGACAAAUUGACACAACAUGAAAAGUCACCAGAGCUUUUGUUUAUGCGUGCUUUCUUUUACAACUUUCGGCAAUUCACUGAUCCAAUCACGUUCUUGGAUUUGCUUAUCAAGCGCUUCCAUUUGCAGCCUCCUAGUGGUGAUGGUGCUCCUUUAACACCUGACGACAUGGCUUUGUGGACAAAUCGUGUAUUGCUACCUGUACGCUUGCGUGUAUACAAUGUCAUCAAGACAUGGCUCGAAUCAUUCUUUUAUUAUGAAACCGAUGGGCCUACAGAAAAGACGCUUGUCAACUUCAUCACUGGUCCAAUGAUGCAAGCUAUGACAAGUCCUGCAAAACGCAUGAUGGAUCUUGUGCGCAAACGAUACACAUCUCGAUUGUCAUCGGGCCGUAAAUUAUCAUUUAGCAGUGAACCUCGCUCAUUACGCAAGCAGCCAUCAGGAUCCCACAUUUCACUAUCAUCAGGCACAUUGCUCUUUUCCACGCUCUUUGAAGAUGGAUCAAAUGGUCCACCUAACAUCACCCGAUCAUUGCGUAAUAAUUUGCGGAAGGCCAUGAGUCAAGGUGUCUUGUCGAGCAUACACAUUAGCGAAUUUGAUCCACUCGAAUUGGCGAGGCAGCUGACAUUGAUGGAAAGUGCGUUAUUCUGCCAGAUCGAGCCUAACGAGAUGAUUGGUCAAGAAUUCAAAAAGAAAGUGGGAUGCAGCACAGCUGUUCACGUCAAAGCCAUGAUUCAACGCAGCACACAAAUUACGAGUUGGGUAUCUGAUACCAUCUUGCGAGAAUCGGAUAUCAAGAAACGUGGUCAAAUGAUCAAAUUAUGGAUCAAAGUUGGCGAUCAUUGUCUUCAAUUACGGAACUAUAAUACGUUGAUGGCUAUUCGAUCAGCUCUUGUGUCAACAAGUAUCGCACGGCUGAAGCGUACAUGGGAAUUUGUGUCCGCCAAAUACAAGGCCAUGUAUGAUCCAAUUUAUCGAGCCACUGAUUCGCAACGCAAUUUUGCCGAGUAUCGACGUCAAUUGCGUGAAGCCGUUGCACCGUGCCUACCGUUUCUUGGCGUGUAUCUUACUGAUAUGACAUUUAUUGAUGAUGGCAAUUCCAAUUACCGAACAUCACCAGGAGGAUGUCAGCUGAUUAACUUUGACAAGUACAUCAAAACCACUCGUAUCCUAAACGAGAUCGAUCAAUUCCAAAUCCCAUACAAGUUUACUGAGGUUGAGGAGAUUCAACGAUACCUCGUUCAUUGCCUGGAGACUGUAGAGAAGGAUGACCAGGUGUUUUAUACCCGCAGUCUGCAACUCGAACCUCGUGAAGAGGAUUUUGACAUCAAGAGCUUUAUUUCUAAUCUUGCUUAA